AUGUCUGGCGACCCAAACGAGUCACCCCAGCGGCCUGGGAUUCAUGGUCGUGUGCGCUUGGGUACGCUCGCCGGGGGGUUUCAUUUUAGAGGAACAAGUACCUCAGGCACGCAGUUCAACACGAAUGGUCCACGAAUGCGGAAUACUCGUCUAGAUCCGGAACGCAGGGCUGCAGAGCAGCGGCGGGACGCGGCUGCACGAGCUGCUGCACGUGAAGAGCCAGAGUACAGAGCUGCGGAGCAGCGGCGUAACACCGCUGCACGAGCUGCUGCACGUGAAGAGCCAGAGUACAGAGCUGCGGAGCAGCGACGUAACACCGCUGCACGAGCUGCUGCCCGUGAAGAGCCGGAAUACAGGGCCACGGAGCAACGGUGUAACACCACUGCACGAGCUGCGGCCCGUGAAGAGCCGGAAUACAGGGCCGCGGAGCAACGGCGUGACACUGCUGCACGAGCUGCUGCACGUCAAGAUCCGGCAUAUAGGAUUGCGGAACAGCAGCGUAAUACCAGUACACACACACAGGCCCGUGCUCGAGCGAACACCAUACAGCUUUCACAAGCCAGCUUGGUUGAGCGUUUGCGGGACCUCAUGCGGUUUCCCUGCUUGCACGAGGGCCAGCACCCUCGGCCGCCUGAUUUUCUGGAGGCCAUUCCGGAAGGGCGCGUGCAGGAUUUGCCCGACGGUGAACUCCCGGUGGAUCGGCAGUGCUCAGAGGACCAGUCGGCGCUUCAUGCUUGGGUGGACAUCCCCAACGUUGAUAUCCUACGUCCUGACAUCAUGUGCACUGCCGCUGUGCCGCGUCAUGCGCGUACCCUGGCUUGGCGGCGCAUGCCCUGCACCGCCCAAGGUGCUGCACCACCACCGCCGGAUCCGGUUUUACCAGCACGGUAUCGUAUCAGCAGAUCCGAGCGUGGCAGUAGUGCUGGCGCCGGCGCUGACGCAGAUCCAGCGGCAUUCGUGGAUGAAGAUGCGUUGGCGGUUGACAGUGAUGGUGCAGGUCAUGGGGCUAAUGAGCCGGAUUCACCGGCAGGUACUGCAGAGGACACAGCCCCGGUGCAGGUGCCACCCGAAUUGCAGCCAUACCCACCACGGGUGCAGCCACGACCUUGCCUUGAGGAUCCAUGGAGUGUGGAGGUGCCAUUCUGCAUGCGCCUUGAUGCGGACUUGCCAAACCGGACCAUGUUCCGUGACGAUGCUGGCCCUGACCGAUUCACUAUCUGCACCUCUUGCGAGAAGGCACUGACGGCACGCCGAGUGCCUGAAGCGGCUCUGGCGCGAAUCGAUCCAGGCGACGUGCCGUCUACAAAUCACCUGGGCGACCCUUUGCCUGCACCCACGUUUGUGGAGAGUCAGCUGUUGGGCCGGGGCCGUCUCAUGCAGCAGCUAAUGAUUGUGCAUCUCGCGGGCCGCCCCCCCGAGGUGUUGCCGUGUGCCGUUCAGUCGCAUGGCAUCGCAGUCGUAAACCCCGACCCCAAUAUGCUACGGGGCCAGCUGCCCGCACGUGUUGCGGAUUUGGCAGGCGCCUUCACGGUGGUGUGCGUGGAUCAAGUCCGAGACCGACAGGACUUGCUGGAUCGUGUCCGCCGUGCACCAGGCCUGAAAGUUCGAGGCAACGUCAUCGUCGCCUGGGUGCGUUUCCUUCAGCAUAAUGACGAGGAUGAAGGUGCGGUGGACGAAGAAGCUCUACAGGAGUAUGAGCGUAUGGGAUGUGUUGCGCGAGUACCAGAGGCACUGCUGCACUCCGCAAUCGGUCCUACGGAUCCAGAAGUCGCUGGUGUACUGCGGAGUACGUUCCUGCACGACCGUACCGGCGCUGCUGGUGUACGACAGCUGCAGGAGACGUUGCAAGGAAACGUCGCUGGUGAGAUCAUUCAGGGUGGUGGCGCUUAUGGAUCACCGCUUCAUACAGGUCCCGACGGGCCCAUGGCCGGAACAAUUGCCUCUGACACUCGUAUGGCAGCUGAUACCGAUCUGGGCGUUCCGAAUGAACUGGAGGUGGUCCUUCCGCAACCAGCUCCUGUUCCGACGGACGGCAGCGACUUUGAUAACCGGCCCAAUGUGGUGCAUGACCUGCUCACCGGGCGUGCACAUCUCGCAUUCGCUGCUGGCGGCCGUGGCGCUCAGGUCCUGGAUGACCGCCACCCAGCCAUCCUUAACGUCUGCUUCCCGGUCUCGUUUCCAUAUGGUUUGUCCGGACAGCGGCCACCGGGUAUGUCGUUCGCCUCAUAUUGCAGCCACCUUGUACGGCGGGUGCCACGGUCGCAGUUCAGCAGCAACUUGAUGCUGCUUGCCCGAAUGUAUGAUAUCAGCGUGCGGCAACAAAGCAUGGCGCAGGUAGGAGUGGCCCUGCGCAUGCGACCACGACUGGGUGGACCAGCAGCACGGGUACCGAGGGAUGUGGUACGCACCAUGGCGGACAUCUUGGCGCUGCCAUACCGUCACGCCCAGCGACGGCAGCUGCUGUCGCAGCAGUCGCCUGUGGUGCGUGCCCUCCUGGAUGGCGCACGUGCCAGCCUCCUGCGAAUCGACCUUACAGAUACCUACUACAAUGGUGCAAAAGCCAUGAUGCGUGCGGCUGCCCUCACCAUCGGCUGGCCACCAUUGUUCUUCAAUCUCAACCCGGCGGACAUGCACGCUGGCUGCGCUGUUGUAGCCUCUGGUCAGCUUAUAGAGUUCGACGACGCCGGUCGUCCGACCCAGAUCAGCAGCACGGUGGAAAAGUGGCGCCGUGUCAAAGAAGACCCGCACAGCUGCGCGGCACUGCUCAUCGCCACGAAAGAGGUGUUGGUGGAGCAGUUGUUUGGCUUUGCACCUGGAGCAAUGCGGCAGACUGACCCUAACUGCUUCUGUGGGGUCGUAUUCGAGGUAGUCGUCAAGGUUGAACAGAGCGGGCGAUUGGCACUACACUUGCACGGAGUCGCACACCUCGAGUGCUUCGCACUGGACAACCUUCAGGCGUUAUUCUGUGGACCCAACUGCCGAGCUCUGGCGCUUGCGUACGCGCUGUGCGAAAUGUGGUACCCCUCCCCAUACUAUGCUCCGACACCGGACAGCGGGACACAGCCUCUGGUCAUGGGUAUGUCUGAUGCGGAAGCGCAGCAGCACGGUCUACCCGUGCCAGCAGUGCAGGCGGACUGCCCACCUGCAGCAUACAACUUCGAACGACUGGCGGGGUGUGCAAACGGCGGACUGCCGCCUCCAUCACGACAUGCCGCCUGCCGUGCCCAUCACGCUGCCGUCAUACGCAGUACCCUCACCCACAGCCACAGUUCGACGUGCAAGCGGCAUGGCUGCCGCGGUACCGAUGACAGCUGCGGCAUGGCCUUUCCCCGACUCAUCCGCACAGCCUUUCAAUGGAUCGGUACCACCGGCCUAUUCUUGCUGCCCCGCCUGGCACCCAACCUCGUGCCACACAUGCCUGCCAUUGCCCUCGCCUUCGGCUGCAAUCAUUUGAUGUCCCUGGCCUGCGAAGUCGACCGGGAGUACACAGCUGACAUCGCUGCCCAACUAGCGCGUCCUCCCAACGAACACGGUGACUGCUCCCUCCUACAGCCCGCCAUCGACCGCGCCCGUGAUGCCGCGUACUACAGCUCUAAGUACACUGCAAAGACGAUUGAACGCAGCCAGGCGCACCUCACAUGUGCCGCCGUGGGCCGUGUACAGGACUUCAUGAUGGCAGGUCACCAACCCAGCGCCACCGGUGAUGGACCCAGCACGUUCGGCAACCUGUGUACCGUGGUGCACCGCAUGACGGCCACUAUCACGGCUGGCAUGGCACUGGUCGCCUUCAAACUGUCAGGCCACGAUACGUUCCAAGCAACCUACAAACGCAACUACCUACCGAUAGGUGCCUUCACUGCACUGGCGUCCGAAUCCGCCGUAGAACCAGAAGACGCGGAAACUGGUGUGGAGCUUGUAGAGGCGGACGAGCAUGGCGACUACACCCUCACCAGCGUCGUACAGAACUACACGCAGCGUGGAGUGGAGCUGAGCGGCUUGGACUGCAGCGCCUACAGCAUCGCAUCCAACUUCGAGGUGAAACGUAUAACGCCCGCGCAGCACCCCCAUGCUGCCAUCCUCAGUGCCCAAGUCCUCCCUGUACCUGGCCGCCGCAAGCGCAAAGCCCCUGGCGCCGCUAUGACCCCUCCUACUGACGCACCUCCCACCCCAUCUGGCACCCAGCCCACCGCCGCUAUGGCGUCCCCCGCGCCAGCUGGCCCAUCUGCAGAACAGCUGCCCACGAGCCUGAUGUCGACCAUACCUCCCAAGAAUGUGGCCUUCCAACCAACGCACCCGCUGUAUCUGACACACGUUCUUCAUCGCCUGGCGCAGCCGAGGUACGUUCUGCUGGGCGGCGCGCUGCCCCGCCGCCCGCAAGAAGGCAGCACCACCGCAGCCGCCGUCGCCUACUACGCAUUUGUCUUAGGCAUCUUCAAGGCUCACCGCGGCCAACCGGUGGCUGCCGAUCAGACGGUGAAAGAGGCGUAUGAUGCAUGGUGGAUGGACCUGGGAUCCACCGAGGCAGGCCGAUCGUACAGAGCCUGUGUGAGUGUCCUCCUAGACAACAUCGAAGCAGAGCACCUCGCCAGCGCCCGGCGCCAGGCCGACUACAACUUGCGACGCCGCCAGCGCCGCGUCGCUGCUGCAACUGCCGGUCUCGCCCCGGACAACAGUUCCAGCGACCCGGAUGAUGACGACCCGGAAGCUGCACGAGGCCGCCUCGAACCUGACCCCGCCACACAGCCGCCGCAAGAUGAUCAGGUCGAACGGUACGACUUUGUACCAGGCCAAGGCGACCCGACGCUAGGAAUCAACCUGUCCGAUGUCGCCCUGACGGACCUGUACGACCGCACCACAGUGGAGGGCCUGUACGCAUACGGUGCAGCUCGGUGUUGCCGUGUACUUCCUCUUCCCAAUGUGCUCGGCGCCAACACCAACCCCUUCAUCCGCCGUGUACGCACCACUGACAUCCCGCUGCUGAGCGAGGCUUCCAAGCGCCUGAAGCACUACCUAGUCGUCUCCGAAGGCACCGCCACCAUGCCAACCACAACGGACCGCACCCCCCGUCUUCGUUUGGAUCGCCGCCCCGGCUACCCACUCGUAGCGGUCAUCAUGACCGACGCCCAGCAGACCAACCAUAUCACAGCGGGAAUGCCAACUUACCUACGUCUACCACAGCCACCGACCAUCGACGACACCAUCGAGCUCUUUACCCUGGCGCCGGAUCAGGCCGUACCAUUCAUGCUCAUGGCACGUUAUUUCGACCGCCGCAACGAACCUGAUCCAGGCGUCCCGCCGCAGAUGCUCAUCAUGGGUCCUCCGGGCACGGGCAAGACUCAGUUCGUACACGCUCUACUGUGGUACACGUAUCAGCAUGACAGUCCCGACUGGGCCGCCACAUGUGCAUACUCCUGGGCUGCCGCGAUCGCCUUCAACACCCCAGUACACCGCAGCCUAUCGACCCACUCGAUGUUCGGCAUCUCAGCCAGUCAAAGCGGCUCCCGUGGCGCCAACCUUCCCAAGCGCGGCGCCCACGCCGGCCUUCAGGUCAAGCGCAACGUCGGUGCUGGGGCCGUCCUCAUCGACGAAAUUGGCAUGCAAAGCCACGAGCACCUCGGCGCCAUCAGCCACUCCUGUACAGCCAAUGUGCCGCCUCCACCACACCUUGGACCCGCCCAUCCCAGCAGCCGUGUCUUGUCCGGUCGCGUUGCUGGCGGAAUCGGCGACCUGCUGCAGCAUCCUCAGCCAGGCGGGUCGCCGCCAUACCGCUACGCCGCCAACAUCGAACAAAACCCCCAGUUCAGUCCCUCGGCACCGUCAGCACAGUGCCGGCCGGCCUCGGUUGACGAACGUGGAGGUGACCAUGCUGACGGCAGCAACAAUGACGGCAGUGAUGCUGAUGACGACACCGGCAACCGUCGCGCCACCACCUCCACACGUCGCACUCGUCGCCCCGUGCCACAAACGCACACCCGCCUACACGACGGCUUCAACCUGUACCGUCAGCUCGGCGGCACCGUAUUCAUGCUGCAGAAACAGCAGCGGCAAGACAACAGCCCAUCUGGCCAGCAGCUUACCCGCUUCGCAACCAUGUUCGGCGGCAUUCAACCCACUGAAGCACGUGUUGCAGAUCUAGUAGACGCACUCAACCAACGCGUCAUCACGGAUUUGUCCGAUCUCACAGACCUCGAACCCCGUGUCGUGCUGCAACGGAACGAACCCAGGCACGCGCUCAACACACGCCUCCUGAUGCUCCAGGCGCGCCGUAAAGGAGCGCGUUUGGUCAGCUGGAACGCGGACCACGUCCCGGUUAGGCAACAUGGCGCAACCCAACAACAGCCACUCUCCCACGUCGAAAAGGCUGUUGCAAUGCGAGUAAAAGACGCCACCUUCGACCACACCACCGCCGACACUUGGUACUACGAGGGUGCACGCUACACCCUACUCGACACCACUGCUGCCGACGCCGGCGCGUGCCACAACAAUGAAGUCGAGGCAUGUGGCCUGCUUACCGACAGCCGUGAACCGCCCGACGACGGCUGCGGUCCGUACUGGCGCCUCCACUACCUACCUGCAGCUGUCUUGGUCCGUCCCAUUAAAGGGCACGCGCCCAAAGCGGUGCUAGCAGACUUAGCGGACUUUGCAACCAAAGGUGCUGCCUUCGCCAUCGUACCACGGCCCUCGCCGGCAGCAAACAUCACCGUGCCAGCCGCCAACACCGGCACCACCACCAAAAAUGUACGUCGAGUCAAUGUACCGCUUGGUGACUACUACGCCGUGACCGACUACUUCGUACAGGGCCGUAGCUUCAAGGAAGAAUGCUGGGUCGCGGACCUUUCCGUCCCGCCCGGUGGCCUCAAGCGUGCAACCAUGUACGUGUUGCUCACCCGCUACAAGACACUCGACCACAUCCGCCUCCUGCGCCCGCUCUCUACCACACCCGACGAACGAACACGAGUCGUCAAACAGUUCAUGGCAGCAACCAAGCUGGACCCCGACCUGGCGGCCGAACUCCGCCUCCUGGAUCGCCGUGCAACCGAAACCCGUGAACGCUAUACGACCGAGUACAAACACGCCCGAAACCUAGAGGAGCGUUGGACCUCCGCAGCCAACACCACCUGA